AUGCAUUUGAACAGACUACACCCUAUGUUUUACGCACAGUUUGUUCUAUCAAAGAAAGGACCACUUGCAAGGAUCUGGUUAGCUGCACACUGGGAGAGGAAGCUGUCAAAGGCGCAGAUCUGCGAAACAAACUUGCAAGACGCAGUGAACGAAAUUGUCAAACUGAAGGUCAAGAUGGCUUUGCGUACUACUGGCCAUCUUUUGCUCGGUAUCGUGCGCAUAUAUUCCCGGAAGGUGAAAUACCUGCUAGCAGACUGUAAUGAAACAUAUCUGGGAAUCAGAACUGCUUUCCGUAGUGGUCGAGUUGAAAUGGUGGAUGAAAAAGGAACUGGAAGGAACGCGAUCUCCGUGCCUGAGGUGUACAGAGAUUUCAAUUCUAUUCUUCCGGACCUUGAUGAAACGAUUUUCGAAAAUCAUCUACAGAUCAAUCAAAGUCGGGUCGGCGAUAUCACGUUAUUGGAGGAGCAAAUUCCCGCUCAGUAUUUUCUCGACGCUACUUAUGAGAACGAUGAUUUCGAUGAUUUUGGCGACAGUAGUCUUGAAGCAAGCUUAUUUGGAACUGACAUCAACUUCUGCGACUUUCCUGCACUUCCAGAUGUGGAAGAAACCAGUGGAGUUGAACAGCAGCGAGAUGAUAGUGAAUUUGUUGAUGCGAAAGUAGGAGAUGCCCGGGAAGCCACUCCCUUUUUGGAUGUUGUAGCUCCGAGCAGAAAUGAUGAAGUCUUUUUCUAUACUCGUUCGAAUGUCGAGAACGUGGAGCUUGAUCCUUACGGAUAUGAGGGUGCUGGUAUAGACCGAGAAGAAAGCUUUGUCUUGGAAACGCUAGAGGCUAAUACAUCUGAUCGCCGUGAAUGCAGAAGAAAGCAGCGCCGACUCAUCGUCGAUGAGCACAAAAGUAUCGCAGUGGAAGCCAUGAAAGCGAAUAUGGCGGAGUACUCGGAUACGCUGCAAACGCUGGAACUCGCCCCACCAACUUGUCAUUUGAUGCGCUUGAAGGAGUCUAGCUCAGUGGAGAAGCUCUUCCAGUUCCCAGGAUGCGCUUCACUAAGAGCCGCGCCACUACUCAGGUUGUACCAAUCUCACCUGAGAAUGCAGCUUCGCGAUACAGAGGAUUGCGAGAUCAGGAAGGAUAUGGGCAUGUCUGACGAGCUCAUAAAUGAGGAAGGGCCACUGCAUCUUGGCGUCGAGCACAGCUCACCCUUCUUCGAAGGCAUCAGUUCCGAGCAGUCUACGCUGACCGUCGACCAGAGACGAGAAGAUGAAGAAGAUGGAGAGGAGACGUCUCGAGACGUGCAUAGAGUUGACCGCCGUUUGAAGCACAAACAGAAUGUGCUGAGCUUGAUUGCAACGAGACUUCGGUCAGCAAAUCAGACUCAGAUUCUUUUCCACGAUCUUAUGACGAGGAAUGUUACAAGGAAGGCGGCAGCACGGAACUUCUUUAUACUGUUGGAGUUGGUCGGAUUACGCGCGGUGAAUGUGAUGCAGCAGGGCUGUUAUCACGAUAUUUUCAUAUCGGCUGGACCAAACAUUGCGCAAGUGAUGGCUCAGUAAUACAUCUUUUCAUUGUACAUCUUUAGCGAAGUAUCUCUUAACAACAACCUUAUCAUUUCAAAGGCGAUUUCCGAGUAAUUUAUUUGUUGAAAUAAUCUAUUCCUGCACUACUUGGGAGUGAACAUUCUGUGCAGUUCUGCUCUGGAAGUCUUUGCUUAGUUAGCCACUUUGCCCUUUUGCUUGAUUUUGAAGGAUUUACUAUUUCGGAUUUCCCUAAGGUGGCGACAUGCCUUGUUUAAUUCCUUUCAUGAAAUAUGUGCC